GCAGCCAAUAGUAAGUUCGCCUUGGUCGGACCGACUAGCCGCGUGCCGCUCCGGUCCCUCCUCGUGCUGUCCUCGCCGUGCACGCGCGUGGUACCCACGGUCGUGAGGAAGGAGGAGGAUGUUGCGCGUGAAGGGGAAAUGGCUGCCGAAAACAAGCCGGAAGGACUGAAGAAAGUUCGUAAUCCGGAUCGAAUGUACAGAUCAGCAGUGUGUUAUGCUGGCCAUGGUCCACCUAAGAGUAUCAGUGAUGACACAGAGACGAACAAUGAACAUGGACAUUUGAAAAUAUACCUGCCCAAGAAGCUGCUUGAAUGUCUACCAAAAUGCACGUCGCUGCCGAAGGAGAGGCACCGGUGGAACACUAAUGAGGAGAUUGCAGCUUACUUGAUAACAUUUGAAAAGCAUGAAGAGUGGCUAACGACAUCCCCUAAAACAAGGCCGCAGAAUGGGUCGAUGAUACUGUACAACAGGAAGAAGGUGAAGUACAGAAAGGACGGAUACUGCUGGAAGAAGAGGAAAGAUGGGAAGACCACGCGAGAAGAUCACAUGAAGCUGAAAGUGCAGGGAGUUGAGUGUCUGUAUGGCUGCUAUGUCCACUCCUCUAUCAUCCCCACCUUCCACCGCAGGUGCUACUGGCUGCUCCAGAACCCAGACAUUGUGCUUGUCCACUAUUUGAAUGUUCCAGCUAUAGAGGAUUGUGGGAAACCAUGCGGACCAAUCCUGUGCUCCAUCAAUACAGACAAGAAGGAAUGGGCCAAAUGGACCAAAGAGGAGCUGAUUGGACAGCUAAAGCCCAUGUUUCAUGGCAUCAAGUGGACUUGCAGCAAUGGGAACAGCAGCUCUGGUUUCUCAGUGGAGCAGCUAGUGCAACAGAUUCUGGACAGCCACCAAACUAAGCCACCUCCCCGGACUCACAACUGCCUCUGCACGGGUACCCUGGGUGCAGGGAGCAGUGUACACCACAAAUGCAACAGUGGCAAACACCGCAUCAUUUCCCCUAAAGUGGACCCCCGUUCUGGUGGAUACAGCAGUACACACUCUGAGGUCCAAAACAAUGAUGUGUCUGAAGGGAAGACCGAACACAGUGCCCACGGUGGAGGAAAAAGCUCUGGGGGAGGAGGAGGAGGAGGUGGCGGCAGUGCCAGGGAGAAACGCAACGGCAAAGUCCACAAGCCUGUCCUCCUGCACCAAAAUAGCACAGAAGUGUCAUCCACCAACCAAGUGGAGGUCCCUGACACCACGCAGAACUCCCCAGUGUCCAUCAGCAGCGGCCUCAACAGUGAUCCAGACAUGGCAGACAGCCCCGUGGUGACAGGAAUGACCCAUGUUCCGUCUGUCAUGUCUGGCCUGUCCCAGAGUGUCUUCAUGUCUGAGGUCACUGGAGAACCUGUCUAUAGCAUGUCUCCAACUGGGGGUCCCAAUGCUCACCUGAUGGGUGCAGAUGCCACUUCACAGGGCUUGGUGCUGUCAAUGACCGCUGAUCGACACAAAUUUGCCUUCCCCGGAGGAGGAGGAGUAGGGGAACCUGGGACUACCACGGCAGGAGACAGUCUGUCCAUGUUGUCUACGGCGAGUGUGUCGGAAGAACUGGUGCUGACCAGCAGUCUCGAUUCUGGAACCAUCAAGAUUCCAGAGACCAAUAUGAACUUUGAUCCUGACUGCUUCUUGAACAACCCCAAACAGGGCCAGACCUACGGCGGCAGCGCAAUGAAGACGGAGGGCAACUCCUCCUCAACAUCUUCUUCCUCCAGCGGCAGCAGUAGUACCAAUGGGAGUCUCCAGCGCUCUCCCAACUUGUCAGACAAUAGCUACCCCUUCAGCUCAGCUCUCGUAAAGAACAUCAAGACAGAAGACACAUCAUUUGAGCAGCAGAUGAAAGAAAGUGGUUACCAGGUCGGAGGAGUUGUGAACUGUGGUGGUGGGGUGUCAUCUGGUGCUGGAUCAGGUCAGGGCAGUCUUAGUCUGACCCCAACAGGCUCACUGCUUCCUUCAGGAGGGGGGCUUAGUCCCAGCACCACUUUGGAGCAGAUGGAUUUUAGUGCCAUUGAUGCCAAGCAAGAAUAUACUUCUAGUGCUACCACAGUGAGCUAUGGUCAGGCCAUUCCUAGUCCACAUAUGCAACACCAGAAUCGCUCGCCCAGCUUCUUCCUUCAGGAUGCUUCUCAAACCAGCCAGACGCAGCAGGCCAGGUCAAGCAUGGGCCAGAAAUCACAUCUUAUGGAGCACAGCUCUCAUGACUCUGGAGCUUAUAUGGGAUUGCAAGUGGUAAAAACUGACUCCCCUUCCAGCAAUGGCCACCUUCAUCAUCACCACCAGAGCCAGACGCAACACAGGGCCAAUUGUAAUGGAAGUUCUCCCACAGAGGGGUCCGCCCAAGCGGCUUCUCUCCAGCUGCUGCAGUACCAGGGGCCCUUUCCUGGGCUGGGAACAGAACAUGAAGAAGUUGUUGGUCUAGAACAACCAGGUAAUGUCAACUCAGCUCAGACUGGAGCCACAGAGAAUGGUGGUGAGAACCUCCUCAAGUCAGGGGAUCACAUUCAGGCCUGUGGAGCAGCAAACAGAGAGGGAGGGAGACCAGAGCACUACAUGCAACAGGCUUCAGAUGGUAGCAAUGGAGGGGCAGGAGGUACAGGUGAAGGAGUAACAAUGCAUAAUGGAAACAGUGACGGUAGCAACCGCACCCAGCAGCUACAGCCUCUCCUCCAAGGCACAAAUAUGGUGCAAGGACUCUACAAUGCAGUGGGAGCCCAUCAAGGUCUGACCGGAGCAGCUAACAAUGGAGGAGCUGGUGGAGCUGGCAUGGAGAUCAGUCUGGACCACUUUGACAUAUCCUUUGGAAACCAGUUCUCUGACCUCAUCAAUGACUUCAUCUCAGUGGACGGCAGUGGAACCACCAUGUCUGCUGGAGGUGCCCUGUAUGCUCACCAGCUAGUCACUUCUCACAACGCUGAAAAUCAGAACCCAGCCGGUGGGCCCCCCCAUCAGGGCCAGGAGGACGGAGGAGCCAGAGGCUCAGGCUACAGCCCCUCAGAGCUCUGCCUUCAGCCUUGCUGCAGCCCUCAGUCGCUAAGCGGAGGCGCAGGAGCAGGAGGCAACACCGGAGAAGCCGGAUCGCUGACCUACAUGAAUGUUGCAGAGGUUGUCUCUGCAGCUGUUGCCCAAGGGGCUUUGGGGAUGUUACAGGCCACAGGUCGCCUCUUCAUGGUCACUGACUACUCCCCUGAGUGGUCCUAUCCUGAGGGUGGAGUGAAGGUGCUGAUCACUGGUCCCUGGCAGGAGGCCAGUUCAAAUUACAGCUGCUUAUUUGACCAGAUCUCGGUUCCGGCCUCGCUCAUCCAACCAGGGGUGCUGCGCUGCUACUGCCCAGCUCACGAUACAGGUCUGGUGACGCUACAGGUGGCCAUCAGUAAUCAGAUUAUCUCCAGUUCUGUGGUGUUCGAGUACAAGGCUCGGGCUCUCCCAUCACUGCCAUCGUCUCAGCAUGACUGGCUUUCACUGGACGAUAACCAGUUCAGAAUGUCAAUCCUGGAGCGCUUGGAGCAGAUGGAGAGGAGGAUGGCAGAGAUGGCCAGCCACCAGCAGACAAGCAGUUCGGGGAGUGGUGGUGCUGGAGGAGGAGCAGGAGGAGGAGGUGGAGGUGGGGGAGGAGUAGGAGGAGGUAGUGGAGGAGGGGCCGGAGGAGGGAACAACAGUCAGUUACAGUGUGCAUCUGGCCAGACGCAGGCCAGCAGCUCCUUUGAGAGCCGUGUUGUAGUAGUCUGUGAGAAGAUGAUGAGCAGAGCUUGCUGGGCCAAGUCCAAACAUUUAAUCCACUCCAAGACCUUCAGAGGGAUGACACUCCUUCACCUGGCUGCUGGCCAGGGCUACGCCACCCUCAUUCAGACACUCAUCAAAUGGCGCAAUAAGCAUGCUGAUAGUAUUGACUUGGAGCUGGAAGUGGACCCUCUAAAUGUUGAUCACUUUUCCUGCACCCCUCUGAUGUGGGCAUGUGCGCUUGGUCAUCUGGAGGCAGCAGUCGUCCUGUAUAAAUGGGACAGGCGAGCCCUUGCCAUCCCAGACUCCUUGGGUCGCCUGCCCCUGUCAAUUGCUCGCUCUCGUGGCCACACCAAGCUGGCUGAGUGUCUGGAGCAACUGCAGAGGGAAGAGCAGCAGCCACCCGCCUCUCUACCGCCAACAACUCGGAUGUCUUUCUCCCCAGCCCACGAUGCACCCACCUCCGACAGCUGGAUGGUCAGCUGGGCAAACGACAGCAUAGUGGCACCUGGCAGCAAGAAAGGAGGUUCUGCUAACACAAUAACCACACCCAGCACCACCAGUCCCAACCCAGAUUUAAGAAGGCCAAGAUCAGAACCUUCUAACUGCUACAGCAGCGAGGGCCAGAGAGAUCUCCCGUUGGCUAAAAAACAUAAACCUAACCCGGAAUUAUUUCAUAAUCGACCCGACAAGCCCAUGUCUGUUCCUCUGAGCCUGGAGCAGCAACAGCUCCACAAACUGUCCUCCAGCACCAAGAGCAUGUCCGCGGAGGGCCUGAGCGUUGACAAAAGUCUACCAACAGGAGGCAGCACUGGGACAACCAGGUGGAACUCCAGAGAGAGUUUCUCCCACAGCGGCAUGGGGAAGAAAGCGCUGGGCAUCAGUGGAGGCAGCAGUUUAGGAAAGGAGAAGCUGGUCAACCGACUGCGGCAGCGGGAGCAGCUGGGCAUGCUGGUUAUGGCGGACAGAGAAAUGGCAGAAUCAGAACUGCUGUCGUAUCGAGAGGACCUGGAGAACCAGGACUGUCUCACGCAGAUGGAUGACCUACAGGUAAACAUGAUGACUCUGGCUGAACAAAUCAUUGAAGCAACACCAGAAAGAAUCAAAAGGGAGAACUUCAGCGCUGCAGACUCUGGGCCUUUAGACACAUCUGCAGUCAGCACCACUAUGAACUGGCUAGCCAGCUACCUGGGAGACGUAGAACAGCUGUCAAGCAUCAUUCACCUACGAUCUCUGUACAAUGAGCCACUGACACCAUCAUCUAACCCUAACCUGAGUCCUCGGGGGUCUCCGCUCAGAGAGGGCCCGUUGGAGAGGACUGCGGUUGCUUCCCCGUCCGACUGGAGUGAGUUCAUCAACGCCUCCAACAGCAAAGUGGAGCGAGACUUGGCCCAGCUGACUCUGUCAGAUCCAGAGCAGAGAGAGCUGUACGAGGCUGCCCGAUUGGUCCAAACUGCCUUCCGCAAGUACAAGGGCCGGCCACUCCGGGAGCAACAGGAAGUAGCUGCCGCUGUUAUACAACGUUGCUACAAGAAAUAUAAGCAGCUAACAUGGAUAGCCCUAAAGUAUGCACUUUAUAAGAAGAUGACGCAGGCCGCCAUCCUUAUCCAGAGUAAAUUUCGCAGCUACCACGAACAAAAGAAGUUCCAGCAGAGCAGGAGGGCGGCUGUACUCAUUCAGCAAUACUACCGCAGCUACAAGGAGUUUGGGAAGCUGAAGCCCCAUCACCGCGGGGCUGCUGCUGCCCUGGUGCAGCACAAACUGAGAGGGAGUCUGCUCACGAAGAGGCAGGAUCAGGCUGCCAGGAAGAUCAUGAGGUUCCUACGACGCUGCCGCCACAGCCCCUUGAUGGACCAUAGACUGUUCAAGCGGGGUGAAAGAAUUGAAAAGGGCCAGGGAACAUGAGACCCUUCAGAAGAGCCCCAUUGCGAUGUGACAUCACUCUCCUGACUCCUCUUUUCUUUUUUGUUUGUACCUGAGACAUUUUACAAGAGAACAGAACAAAAAGAAAAAAACAUCGGUUCAAGCACUGCUGUUAUCACUACCACUAGAGCAGUGUUACUGAUUCAACUACUAUUACGUUGUAUGACAGCUUUUUUUUUUUUACAUGUUUAUUCUUUCCACUGACUUGGUGACUUCAACAGCAUUGUGAACUCAAAGAACUGGGGCAACGGGUGCAGAACAUUGGCUUCAUGGCAUCUUUUGCACUUUUUCAUGGACUGCUUUUUAUUUUUAUUUCUUUUUUUAGCUACGAAGAGGUUUUGGACGGUGAUGAGAGACGACGGAGGACAGGCGGUCGGUCAAACGUGAAGAUCUCAAGAGAUGAAAGUUAGGGCUGUUGCAGAAAAUCUCAAAGGACAAGGAGACCAUGCAGAAACACUCUGGGCUCUCGUUGUAUUUUAUGGUUAUUUUUUAAGACCAAUAAAUUCACUCAAAGACAGAUUUUUCUUCAUUAACACCCACACAUACACCACCUGAAACCCAAUACUGGUGAUUUAACAGUAUCCAUUUAAAAUUAGUAUUCUUUCCAGUCCUUCUUUGCUCGACCCCACCAGUCCGCCCGCCUGGGUGGAGCUACAAAUGAAUGUAGUGGGGUUCAAACAUUCAUGCUGAAGCAGAUUGGGGAUAAAACAUUUUCUUUUAAAAAGAUACUAUGCUUUAUUGUAUAUAUAUAUAGUCCCUUUAUUACUUGAAUUUGUUUCAUAUCGUCCAAUGUACUCCUUCCAUCAUGUCCAAUGUAUUGGUGAGCUGCAUCAGGCUAUAUGUUGUUAAAUCCUACCAAGAAAAAAAAUGCAUGACUUCUAGACAGAAAAAGUCUUUGCUUGUGUGUUUAUGGUCUAGCCCUUCAGUCUUUCUUCUGAUUUUUAUUUUAUUUCCACAUUUCUCUUCAUAAGAGCCGCUUUAUUUCUGUAAUUAAGCUAAUAUCCCUUUUCUCCCAGUUAUUUUGUUUCCUUCUUGGUUCCCCUCCCAGAGGGGAACAAAAUGUACAUUUUUUUUAUUAUUUUUUUUGUGUUGUAACUCUUGUAGUCAUGCAGGUUGUUAUUGUUCUUUUGAGUUAAACUCCAGAGCCUCUGCAGGCUUUUGAGGAGAAAAUCACAUACAUUGCCUUGACGUCUUAGAGAUUCUUUGUGGGGUCCCUAAGCUUGUCCCAAAAUAGGGGUUUGACAAAUCCAUAUUUUUUGACAAUUGAGUGAUUUCUGUAUAUAAAAGAAGGCUGCAAGUAUGUAGGGGAAAAUGAACAUGUUCCCUUACAUGGAUUGUAUUUUAGAAAUAUAUUAUUUUAUUCAUUAAAAAUGGGUCGAAAACAGGUACAAGACAAAAACAGAAUAUUUGUAUAGUUUUGUUUGAAUGCUUAAGAAGUAUGGUUCUAUUGUUUGUACAUAGUGUAAAUAUCUGGGAUAAAGAUGAGCUAAGUGCAUGAAAAGUAUGAACAGAGUUAAAAGGGGGGAAAAAAACUAAAGCAGUAGUGGCUAUGCUCUGUAAAAUUAAAAAUAUUUCACUAUUAGAGUAUUUUACUUUAUUUUGAUUGUUCCGGAAACAAACAUUUUGCUAAAGCAUGAUAUUAUUGCAUAUGAAAAAGUAAAAAAAAAAAUAUGUAUUUAGUGUUAGGAGAGGUCUUUAAAAAUUAUCUUAAAUCCACUAUAGUUACUUUCAUUUUUUUGUCAUUUUCUGUUUGGUUUGGGCUCCCAAGAAACUUUUGCCAAUGGUGCCAAGGUAUACGAUUGCUAUAAAGCUUAAGAAUUUAUUUAAGUCCAUUUUUGCAGAACAGAUAAUCAUACAGUGAAAUACACUCAAAGGAACGAAAACCAUAACAUCCUGACUGACUGAGGAUUGAAGAAAACAUAACUUGUAAAGGGACUCAUUUUCAAACGAAGGGCAUUUUAGUGCAAGUUCAUCAUAUUUCCACCAUCCAGAUAUAUCGUAGACCAUUGUUCAUCUCCUAAUAUGCCACAUCAGAUAUGUGCUUGAUUUUUGUUAUCAGUAAAAAUGGAAUGUGACGAUCAUAGAGGUAUCUUGUCUGAACUCAAAGAUUGUAAACGGAUGCCUUUCCCAUUUGGAUCCCAACAAAGCAAACACAGGUGUUGAUGUUCUUAUCACUGAAACAGACUGAAUUCAUCACCUCAGCUGUCCAACCUGACGCACCGAGCUUUGAUUUACGAUUCAUAGAUUGCGUUUAUAAAAUGAAAAUGACGGUGGUUUGACCUUUUUGCACAGCAUGUUUUUUUUUUUGUUUUUUUAGAAAUGUUUCCAGUAGCGAUUGCCAAAGGCAGAUGUAUCCUGCAGUGUUGUCUUGGUCUUUUAUGUUGUGAAAUAAAAAAAAUAGAGCCAUGAUAAAUAAUUUUUAAACUUCCCAUCAGAAUUAUAAGCUAAGUAAAAUUCAACUGAAAAAUAAAAACUUUUUUUUUUCCUCCAGGGGGUCUUUUGUGGGCUCUAGUGUCCCUUAUAUGACAGUAGGCUGACAGAAAACGGGGAGAGAAAGAGGGGAAGACAUGCGGCAAAUUUUGCCAGGUUCGGGAAUCGAACCCGUGACAGCCGCGUCAAGGGUUCAAGGCCUCCAAAUGUGGGUUGCGCUAUCCCCUACGCCACCACAGCACGCCCCAAAACUUUUUUUUUUUUUUUUUUAAGUGAUGAAACUGAAUCAAAAUUUGGUUCAACAUCUUGAUUUAAUAUUUUCCCACUGCAAUUUGCAAAAUGUUUUCAAAUCUCUGAAUAUGUGGACUUAUCUUUUCCACAGUCCUCGUCAGAUGAACCCACAAAUUUUCUGCUGGCUUUGGUUCAGGACUCUGGCUAAGCCGUUUCAAAACUAUCUGAAGAAAAGAAACCCCACAUCAUGAUGCUGCCAGCCCCAUAUUUUACCGUGAGAUACUUUUGUUCUUUUUAUACCAUGCAAACCUUUUGGAAUUGUGGCACAAAGUUAUAUUUUUGUUCUUUGCGCAAAUAAAUAAUCCCACAGAGGAUUUUUAGGAAGUUUUUAACCAGGACUGGAUAUUUUAUUUGACAGAAACCCAUACUGUUUACAAACUCUACCACCUUUGUGAUGUUACUACCUAUAUUUUCUUCAGUUACUUAUCACUGCCCUCAUAGCAAACUAGUUUUUACACAGUUAUUCUGAAAAUUUGGCAAGUUAAGGUUUAACAAUAUUUUAUUUUUUCACAUUCUAAUACAUUUCUUCUGGCAGAAAGUUUUGAAGCAAAAUCAAAAGGUGGUUGGAGAAAGUCUUAGUUUAAGGUUGUGGAAACACUCGAAACCUGGUUAUGAUGGGAUUUUUUAACAAUUUCCUAACCAAAUUGUUUUUUAGUUGAAUUUUACAAGAGAUGGAUUACAUUAGAGGAUGGGAAAGUUUAGAAAUAUGCAGCAUGGCCUAAGUUUUUUACAUCACACAAACGUUAAACGAGGUCGAGUGAAAUUUUAUGAAAAGGCUGUAUUAAACAAAAGCUGGAGUUGAAAAACUGCAAAAUAAUCUGUCAAAGAUGCUCAUGUGAUUCUAGGAAACACUGGAUGAUCUCAGACGUGUCCAUGAAAAGUCAAUAAGCUAAACAUUGCUGUAAUAUAUUUAUGUGUAAAUUAUAGCACUAGCCUCUCUUGUGACACAUUGGACAAUAUCAAAACAACAUAGGAUGCUUAGAAAAAUAAUUAGAGCCUUUUAGGUGCCUAUUGGCUGCUGUCUAAUUCUUAUUCUGCCAGAAAGUGUACUCUGUAUCCAAACAUGUGAAAAUUCAGCCAAGUGCCACUGAAAAACUUGAUUUUCAUUUAUUUAUUUUUAACCUCAUUAGGAUCUAUAGGUAUUUCUCUGAUGUUCUGGAACAACUGGUUGUUGUCGUGCUGUUUUCCAAAUCACCUGAUGUGUAAACUUUAUUUGCAAUGUUUAUGUAGAAAGUGCCUAUUCAUGUCCUCAUAACACCUGUUGCAGAAUGCAUUCAGUGUACCUGAUCUUGAGGGAGUACAUCACACAAUCGCACCAUUACACUCACUCCUCUGCACAGUAGAAGUAGAGCGCUCCAGCUUGUCCGCGUUACAGUUUUAUUUUCAUUUUUCUGCUUCUUCCAUUUUCUACUGGAACAGCUUGACUUUUUUAGAAAUGCCACAAUCGGGGUUUGCUGCCUUGCGCUCAUCCUCCGGUUUGUGGUCUGAAUGCAUAGCCAAUGCAAUGUUUUGGGGGGAAAAAAGUGGGAGAAGGAUUUAUAAUGCUUGCAUGGUAAAUAGUUAACUGGGUGACUGAGCUGCACCUAAAGCAUGCUUAUUUUCUUUGGACUGGUAGUCAGAUAGACUUGAUUAAGACAUAAUGUUUGCAAAACAGUAAGCAGCUGGUUUGGUGUAUCAUAGAAUGGAGAAAUGUAAUUGUAGGGGAGACAAAACCUGCAAACGAAGCCAAUGAUCAGUAAUUGGUAGCUACGGAUGUUUUCAUGGCAGAGCAUGAGGACAGACUUAUAUUUCGCAACAGGUUUCUUAGAUGUUUCUUUUGCCUUUUAUUGUUCAUUUAGACUCAGUCAGUGUACCACCAAACUCACUUCUGGACAGAUGGACACAUAAGCGUUUAAUGUUGGUUAACCUCCCUUUUGUAUUUUACUCAGGGUGCCAAAAUGGGGAGGAGGAAACAGAGCAGGACAUGCAUUUCACGUCAGAGGAAGCUAAAACCCGAAAACACAAAUGGUUAAAACACAUGGAACUGAAGGUUUCAGUGUACAAUGUUUAAAGUAAAUUAAUACAAUAAAUUUUGUCUUACUAACCUUGAACAGGUGGAACCCUGAAAUGGACUCCAACCAUAUGUAGCUCUUGGAGAUGAAUAACUUUUAUGAAGACCUGCGUUACUCUUUAGGCCUUUAAUUUAUUUAGGUGUCAAACUGUAGAGGGUAUUUAAGAUUAGGUGUAGUUCUAUGAAAACUGCAACUACCAAUCUUGUUUUUUACUGCCAUUUCUCGAGGGUGGAGUGACAGGCACACUUGUUUAGCACACAGCAUUUAUCAGUUCCAAGAUGUUCUGCAAAUUGACCUGAGAAUCUGCCUUUCCUCCUCUUCCUUUUUCCGAAGCACCCAAACCGCAGAAAGGUAGGCGCAUCAGGGCAACAGAACAGAAACCAGUUCAGCAGUAUGAUCCACGUGUUGACACAGAGCAAUAAAGAAAUUAUUUUGUGGAGCCCUACCAGGCCUAGCAAAGUUUAAAAAUGACUGGACACGUGUAGUCGACUUACUCUUUAUGCAAAUGCCAGUAUUGCAAGACAAGCAUUCAGUAGUUUAUUGACAGCAAUUAUAUGGCACCCUUUACCCAAUUGCACGUUUUCAUCAAUUCCAAACUGAAGAGAAGAAAAAAUGGCCCUGCUUUGAUAGAAAGUCAUGGGUUCUUGACACUUUGCAUGUGAACUAGUGUUAGAUCUCUUUUCCUCUCCUCUAUAGCUGUCUUUCUCUCUGUCUUUCCCUGUUAUGUGACCCGAGUUUUUUCCUCUCCCCACCCUUAGAAAAAAUGUCCAUCUCCUCUCGGUUCUCCUAAUGUGUUAUGCUUUCCUCCUUUUUCUUCCCUUUUCUUGUUUGUAAGUUUUAUUUUUGUAAUUGUGCAUGUACAAGCGUCACUGACUCAAUGGAUAUGUUUAAAAAAAAAAGAGAUUUCUGCUGCUGAAGCCAUGCAAAACAUUUUGAAUUGCCCUUAAAAUAUGGAAGAUGUUUUCUGAAUGCUUUAUAUUCUUUCUGCUGUAAAAUAAUAAAAAAAGGAGAAAAUGAUAAAAACUUGA